CAUAAACACUGUGCUGAACUCAAAUCCACAAACUUGUAUCUUAGGUGCUUUAAAAUCAGACUUAUUUAAAAUUUUAAGCAAUAAAACAGUGUUCAACUAAUUGACUCGACAACAACUACUUUUCAGCCAUGCCGUCAAAGUUUAAGGAUGUAACUCACGUCAUUUUUGAUAUGGAUGGAUUACUACUUAACACUGAAGUUCUUUAUACAGUCGCGACACAAAACAUUCUUGACAUGUAUUUUCAAAAUCCUCGUAAAAUUUAUACGUGGGAUGUUAAAGUUGGACUCAUGGGACUUCAGACUGAGCAAGUGUCGAGGAAAAUUGUUGAUAUUUACGACAUACCGAUAACUUGGGAGGAAUAUGCAGCACUAGCUGGAGAGCAGAUUAAGAUUCUUAUGAAGAAUUGUGAGAAAUGUGCUGGUGCUGAGAGGCUAGUCAAGCAUUUAUAUGACAAAAAUGUGCCAAUUUGCUUAGCAACAAGCAGCUCAAAAGAGUCAUUUGAUGUCAAAACUGUUCAUCAUAAGGAAUUAUUCAAAAUGUUUCAGCACAUCACGAUGGGAUCAAGUGAUCCAGAAGUAGCGCAUGGCAAACCAGCUCCUGAUAUAUUCCUCGUUGCAGCCAGUCGAUUUCCUGAUAAGCCAAAACAUGAGAAUUGUCUAGUAUUCGAGGAUGCACCAAACGGAGUCACAGCUGCUCUAGCUGCUGGCAUGCAAGUUGUGAUGGUGCCAGAUAUUCAUGUUCCUGAAAGUCAACGUCAAGAUGCGACGCAGGUGCUUAAGACUUUAAAUGAUUUCAAACCAGAAGACUUUAACUUGCCGGCAUUUGAUGAAAGCUAGGAAAGAGUCAAUGGGAGAAGAUUUUGAUGGUAAACUGGAUAGAUCGUGGGUUUUUGAAAUAAAAUUGAAAUGUAUUUUUUUAAAAAAAUUAAAAUAAAAGUGAAUUAAAUCCAAAAGAAAUAUUUUUCAAAAAAAAGCAUUCAAGUGCCGGAAUUAACACUC